AUGGACGUAUUUUGCCCGGAGUUUGGGGUCUAUGCCGAAGACUGUCAGCGUCGAGUUCUGCAGAACUGCUUCUCCUAUGAGUCCAGACGGCGAAUAGUUCAUUGGCGCUCUAUUUUUUUCCUGGAACACGUAACGUUUGAAGACAAAAAAGGUCAUAAGCCACGGUUCGAGGAGCUUGAUGCUCUGCGCUCGUUGGAGAUUUUGGUCGGUCUGGUCAUAUUAAUCGCCGUUGAUGGUGUCGAAAGCCAGUACAAUUUGGAAAGAGGUAAAUGA